AUGUACCUAGUCACAGUGCUUGGGAACCUGCUCAUCAUCCUGGUUGUUACAUCUGAUUUCCAUCUCCACAUCCCCAUGUACUUCUUCCUCUCCAACCUGUCCUUGGCUGACAUCUGUUUCACCUCCACCACAGUUCCAAAGUUGAUUGUGGACAUCUCAACUAACAGCAGGGUCAUCUCCUAUGAGGGCUGUCUUUCACAGAUUUCUAUUCUUAUCUUUUUUGCAUCUGUAGAUGACAUGCUUUUGACUGUGAUGGCCUAUGAUCGUUUUGUGGCCAUUUGCCAACCCCUGCAUUAUGCAGUCAUUAUGAACCCUCACCACUGUGUCUUCUUAGUUUUACUCUCAGUCUUUGUUAGCCUUUUGGAUUCUCAGGUUCACUAUUUAGUUUCCUUACAAAUUUCCUGUUUCAAAGAUGUGGAAAUUGCUAGUUUCUUUUGUAACCCUUCUCAACUCUUUGACCUUUCAUGUUCUGAUACUGUAAUCAAAAACAUAGUCACAUAUAUGAUUGGUAUCCUAUUUGGUUGUUUUCCUAUGUCAGGGAUAAUUUUCUCCUAUUAUAAAAUUGUUUCUGCAAUUCUGAAAUUCCCAUCAUCUGGGGGGAGGUACAAAGCCUUUUCUACCUGUGGUUCUCAUCUGUCAGUUGUUUGCUUAUUUUUUUGAACAAGUGUUGGGAUGUAUCUUGGUUCAAGUGCAUCACAUACUUCCAAAGAGGGCAUGGUGGCCUCACUGAUGUACACUCUGGUCACCCCCAUGCUGAAUCCCUUCAUCUACAGCCUGAGGAACAGGGACAAUCAAAGGAGUUCAAGGGGUAAUAUUAUCAUUGUUCCUAAAGGUGCAAAUUUCAGUUGGGAAAGUGAAAAGUUUUUGGAGAUGACUAAGUGUGAGUUUGGCAAAAAGUAUUACAAUAUGAAUACUUUGUUACUUGCUGUGAUGGCCUAUGACAGUUUCCUAGCUAUAUGUCAUCCCCUGAAAUACACAGCCAUCAUGAACCCUUGGCUCUGUGGCUUCCUGUUUCUGAUGUCUUGGUUCCUAAACUUCUGUGUCUCCUUGAUUCACAUUCUGCUUGUGAAGGGACUAAGCUUCCAUAAGGGCCUGUGA